AUGUAUUCCGUGCAGCAAAAUGCAUCAUCCCCAACAGCCACGCCUACUACAUCAACUGCUUUUCCCCUUGGUCGGCAGUUUGACUGUGAUACAUGUGGGGCAGUCUUCCCUCUUUAUGACCAGAUGAAACGCCACAAGCAACAAGCUCACACGGAAACAAAGACAUAUUCUUGCACUUAUUGUGGUAAAGUUUUUGCACAAGUAUCCAGUAUGCGUAGCCACGAGCGUUGUCACACAGGCGAACGACCCUACACCUGCCAAGAAUGUGGACGGGGUUUUUCACAGAAGGGGAACCUCAAACAUCACAUGAUGACCCAUACGGGUGAGAAGCCAUUUAAAUGUAGCCUCUGUUGGAAGUCAUUUGCUCAACGAGGCAAUCUUAAGCAUCAUCAACGAUGUCACACAGGAGAUAAGCCAUACACCUGCGUUACAUGUAAUAAGUCAUUCUCUCAGAUAGCUAGUCUAAAGAACCACCAUCGUGUACACUCAGGUGAGAAACCGUUCACAUGUGAAACAUGCCACAAAUCCUUCUCGCAAAAAGGUAAUCUGAAAAUCCAUCAACGUUCACAUACAGGCGAUAAGCCUUACUCUUGUGACAUUUGCCAAAAAUCAUUCUCACAAAUCAGUAACCUUAAGAUCCAUCGGAUGUCACAUGAUGGACAAAAACCCUUCUCAUGUCCCAUCUGCGGGAAGUGUUUCUCGCAGAAGGGCAACCUGAAGACACACAUUCGAAAUCAUGAAAACAAUGGUAGUAUUUGCACUAACGAUAUGGGAUCUAGUGACAGCAACAUUACAGGUAACUGCAUUAGCAUGAACCAGCACUGCAAUGGCGAGAGCCCCUCAGGCAGUAACAGUGGCAGUGAUCUCACAAGGGCAAAUGCAGCUGGAACUAGCAGCAGUGACAGUGUUGGGGGUGCUGGUCGCAAGGUGUUGUUUAGCUGUGAGGUUUGUGGUAAGGAGUUCAUCUAUAGGUCCCUGCUGAAAUGCCAUGAGAAAACCCACCUAGUAGAGAGAAUGAACAGACUGAACCAUCCUGAGAACCCCAACAGUAUCCACCAACCACAUGGCCCAGCUCACCCACCCCCACCUCCUCAUCACCAUCACCACCAACCACAUCAUCAACCACAUCAACACAUGAGCCCUCACCAUCAUCACCACCACCAUCAACAUGGGCAUCAUCAUCAUACUCAUCUCAACUCCCAUGGCCCUGGCCGACCUCUCCUCCACCCCCAUACUAACUCAAACCCUGCAUCAGCCUCUGAUAAUACUACAGCUAAUAACAGUCGAAGCCAUGGUAGCCAGGCUCUACGGAUUCCAGACAGAGGGAUGAUCUAUAAACAGCUCUGA